CCAACUUUGCACGAGACCAUGCCCAAAAAGAAGGAUAAGAAAACCAGCGAACAAGACGAGGACAAUAAAACACGAAAAAAGGAAAGCAGAGUGGCUUCUGUGGAUAAAACUGCGUCUGACGACAAAGAGAAGAGGUUAUACUUAACACAGAUUCGAUAUUUGAAUGAGCAACUAGAAAGAUAUCAGCUGAAAUGUGAUGAGCUGGAGAGGCAGAAGAAGGACUUCUCCUCUCAGUACAAUGUCCUGGAGAAGGAGAAGAGGGACAUUGUUGAAUAUCUGAAGUGUUCCCUGCUGGAGAAAGAGGAGGAGGUGAACAUGCUGCAUGAGCGCCUGGAGAAUGAGCGACAGACGGCUCAAAAAGAGCAAGACACUUUGCAGCAGCAGCACCGCCUGCUGAUACAAGAGCUACACCACAGGAAUGAUGAGCUGGCUGCAGAGAACAUGACACUGGUGCAGAAGCUGGAUGCUCUGGAGGAGUUUCAGAAGCAGAGGGAGCAGCUCGUGUCUAAAAUGGAGUCUCUGAAGAACCAGGUGGCCAGUCAAGAGCAGGAGCACAAAGCUGCCAUCCACAGUCUGGAGAUGAAAGCACUGCUAGAAAGGAACAGAUUAGAGAAGGAGAUGCAGAGCCAGGCCGCAUCCAUGGCAGCUGAGGUGCAGCACCUGGUGGAGCAGAAUCUUCCAGAGGCAACUAGGUUGGCCAUAGAGGAGAACAAGGAGGUGAGGAGCCGCUGUAGCCAGCUGUCGGACCAUGCUUGUGGCUUGCUGAAGGUGAACACAGCCCUGCAGACUCGCAAGACUAAGCUCAGACUGGAUGUGGACAUCCUGGAGCAAAUGGUCAGCGACAUAUCCCGGAAGAGCUGCAUCCAGAAAAAAUUGGUGGAGCAGCUAACAGAGAAAUGUGAGCAGCUGCAGACAGAACUGAGAGACUGCAGAGAGGAACACCGGCAGCUUCAGACCAAACACUCACACGUCCUGACUGAGAUCGACCAACUCAGAGAAGACAAGACCUCUAUUUCUAAACAGUGCAAGAAAAACAAAACUGACUUGAGCCAGCUGGAGGUGGAGCUACAGAACGAGAGAAGGAGGAGGAAGAUGAAGAGCAUCAGGCAGGAAGCGGUCAUCAUUUCCAAGCAGACUGUGAACCCUCCACAGCCUCCAUGUCGGCCUGUGACUGACGACUCUGGAGAUCAGGAACUGGAGGUGAAAUCUGUUGCCAGGUGGAGACAGCUGAUGCAGAAGCUGCUGGUGGUCCUGGACAGACCCACCCUCAGUAACUCCAUCUCUGAAAACAGUCAAACAAAUGACCUGCAGCCUGCUGAUCCUGAAGCAGCCAGAGAGGGAAACCUGAAUGCGUCUGUGAAUUUCCAGUUGGCCUGCAACAGACCAGCUGAUCUGGGAUGAGUCAACCUCAGCAGCAGCACAGCUCUGCCUCCACACAGAUAGUUGUCCAGUCAGACGACGGCCAGGUCAUGAACCAAACAGCUGUGGCAGCCGACAGACCCGGAACCCCUACCAACUCAAUCACUGAAUCCCAAUGAAGGAAAACAUUCAAGUCCUGUUAGAGGAACCUUUAUGACUCCACACUUCAGUACUGCACAGCCUUUUCACAUUUUCACCAAUGAUUUUCUAAACAUGCAUAGACAUUGGGACACAUUUGGUCUCUCAGGUCAACUGUUUGUUACUUGUAUGAAUGGUUUCAAUUCUUAGAGGAGUGCUAACCAUUUUUUCAUCUUUUUCUAAUUCCUCUAACACAAAAUGUCUGUGUCCUCCUCAUAAAAAUA